AUGCAGAAGGUAGAGGACCGUGAAGGCAUAAAAGUCGACGAAAUGAUAUACUCUGGGAAGAAAUUAACGGGGGAAAGGCAAUUGAGAGACUAUUCCAUCAAGGACGGAGCAACAAUACACUUGCCGUCAAACCAGCCACAACUUCGAUCAAACAACAACGAGAAGCCAAUCUUUGCUCCUAGUACCCCUCCUGCAAGCCAUGCACCCACAUCUUCAUCAGCAGGCGUGCGGGGACACUGAAAGAGAUGUAAUGAGGAAAGAUCACUGCACCUGAAAACCCGGGAUUCAAAACGUCCGGAAACAACGAGGGCCCAUUGCAGGAGCAAUUCGUCGAUCAAUCAUUUGACGAGGACGAUUACUUGAUUGACCCGGAAAACCACUACGAUAAGCUGAACAGCCUGGAAAAGAUGGUAAUAGAGCGGUCAGAGCACUACCACUCAGAUGGAAAUUACCAGCCAACGAUAAGACAUAUUGAUAGAGAUGUUUUGCUAGCAGACCUUCGUUGCGAUCAACUGUUUUCAAGGCGCCUACUGCAAAUUGCACCUCUUUCAAACACUUUCUCACCCCCCUCAGAAGGAGCAGAGCAAAGCAUAAGAUCUGCUAUAUUGAGUCUUGGGAACAGCUAUCUUAUUCUGUCCCAAAUCCUCAGGACAAUGAACAGCUUGAUGGCAACAGGAUUUUGUGGUGAUUCCAUCACAGUGUUGAUACAACGAGGUGCUAAAGGUGACGCCCUUGCAGAAAUGGUGCAGAUCGAAAGGGACGCAAUCUUGAACUUCCACGUGGGCAUUGCAGAGACAAUCAAGGGAAUCUUGGGACGUCUAAAGAUAUUAUCAAAAGGCCGUAGGACAGCCGUCAUCAUGGGAGUUCUCUUCCCAGCAUGUGAUAGAAUCAUGGAGAUUCUUGGAAUCACAUUUGGGGAUCAGCUUUUCCCGCACCAUGUUCUACUUCUCUGUCGUAUACUUACAUUGGUUCUCGACCUUGGGCUGGUUUCCUACGUGGGGUCCCAUGGUUCUCGUUUUGACCUCGAAUAUUUUGAAGUUGAUAAACCAGAAAUUGUUGUGGCAUCUGACAUGCAUAGCAAGAUUGGAUUUGUAUUUUCCCUUCGAAAGCUAGCUUGUCUCAACCAAUUCUUGAAUCAUCAGCAAGUCUGGACAUUUCAACCAUUUUCAAGAGAUUCCCUAAAACUCGGGCCUCCAAUCUCAAUCUUGACGUCAAUUGAAGCUUUUGCAAACACCUGGGGACCACUUUGGGAAGUACCUGCGGGGGAAGAUUUCCCUAAUCAUAUAAGGCGACUAAAUGUCGCCACAGGCUAUAUUAGCCGUGCUGAGCCGGGUACUGAGUGUCAAAUCGAGGAUGCGGUGGCCUGCCAUUGGUUUGAGUCCUCAGAUGUGGCUCCUCGGCCAUAUGAACAGGCGCAUGAAAGCACACCCAUUGAAAGAAACCAGAGAAUGGUCAUUGGUGCCUCAAAUUACUCGGCUCUAACAACAAACAAGACCUGCACAUAUAAGCUUGACGACCUAGAAAGAGAAUAUGGACUCCACAUGUCACCUCUAGAUACUUCAGCCUCCAGUUGGACCUACGAUGAGCGACAAGUAGGUUUCUCGGCAUCUCAAUACAUUGGAAUCACCGUGCUAGGAACCCAGAAAAAACUACCUUGUGUUACGCAGAACCAAGCUAUCUGGAAUAAAUGGACAAAUCAGCCUACACGAGCAAAUCCACGCAUCCUCAAUUCCUAUCUUGGUGUUGAAAUUAGCCGUUGUACUGGAAAUGCCAGGCGAGUCAAACUACGUGACCUGUUCACCAUUGAAUCCAUUCAGGCACUAAUAAACAGGCAAUUCCCAGAUUGGGCGUCAUCCACUGGAUUUGGACGAAGUCUUGAAUCGGCGUUGCUGAGCGAUAACGGCUUGGCAAUUGAGGAGAUUUGGGUAAAAUACUUCAAGUCACGGCAGCAAAUGGCAGAAAUCGUUUGUUGUGUAUUAGAGAUGCUCGAGAAAUCAGGGACCUCAGCAGGAAAUUUUACUUCCGCAUUCUUGAACCAGAAUCGAGAAUUGUCGAUGCCUAUCGAACCUCGCUUAAAUAACUGGACCGAAUUUCUGGAAGACUCUCAUCUAACAGCCGUUUAUGCCAUCGUCAGUGAGAAUUGUCUUGAAAGUGUAGAAUCAGGUUACUCUGUUGCUACUUGCAAUGAUAUGUCAAAUCCCUCGGAAUUUACCGUAUUGCAAACACAAAUCGCAGUUCCCGACGCAGUGAACUCUAAAAACAAAAUCUGGCUUAAUCAGGGAGGUUGUAUACAACGAGAAACCAAGUUGAGUAGCGGUACCCAACUUCUCACCUGGGAGCAGAGUAGAGCUCGCGAGCUUGGUGGCAAGAUUGGCAAGUUCCUGCGGAGUAAACAUGCUAUUCCACUGAGUCGUGAAGUCCAAGACGACAACGAGCUGGGUGGUCAACACUUCCGGGUUUUCGUCAGAUCAACUGUUCCUAGUCAUGGAGGGCUCCGAACUAGACAAAUUCCAAAAGUUCAUAAACCUUUGCAGCAGAAAGUUGAGUCGUUGGAUGGCUCGGUUCCGGUAACAAUGAGAAUCGGGGUGCCUCUGCCGCUUCAGCAUGUUUCUCUAUAG